AUGAAGGAAGAGUUCUACGUGCAAAUGAAUUUGGGAAAAACUGCAAAGAAUGAACCCAUCUUGAAGAUGGAUAAGCCCGCCCGGCCCUCGGCCAUCCCUCCCCCGUGUCACCAUCAUGGUGGUCUUGUUUCUGCUGCGGCAAGGACAGUCCAGGAUGCUGAAGAAUCAGGGAAGAACAAAAAGGGACUGCCACCACAUCCCAAGAAGCAAAGUCCACCAAAAAAUGUAGUGGAAUCAAAGGAGAGGGGCAAGCUACUAGCCACCCCAACAGCAGCAGAAUGGUCUAAAAAUUUGUCUUCAGCCAGUUCCUACCCAUCAGUUGUGAAUCACGGCGAGAUGGUAGGGAGCCCUAGUCCCAGUCCCAAUGCUAGCAUGCUAUUCACAGAUGAAGGGGUUCCAGAAUUUUUGUCAAGAAAGACUUCGCUAGAGGGGCGCCUGGAGUUUCCUCAAAAAGUUCUGCCUCCAUUCAGAAAACAGGGUUUGGAUUCAAAAGCUCUCCAGGAGAGCAGGGGAGGGACAGAUGACUCAUCGUCUUCUUCAUCUAGCUCCUCCGAUUCAGAGUCUGACCAGGGGGGUAGCUCCGAGGUUGAUCCUCAGAUGAUGAGCAGGGGCAAAGGAGGGCUUCCAAAACUGCAGGCCUCCCAUUCCCUUGAAAAUAGAGCCCCCAAAAUUGCAACAUCAGCAAAAGAGAAGACCUGGUCACAGCAGGGACAGCCAGACCUCGCCCCUCCAGAGAGGGCCCAUCAGGCAAAGAAGGGCCCCACUGUGAAGCCAAUAGAGGACAGAAAAGACAUUAAACCAAGAACCACAACACCCACAUUACAAGCAGAUAAAGAGUUUAUGAAGCAAAAUGUAAAGGAAAAACAAAUGGAGAAAGUAUUCAGAUCAAGUGAAAAAGAUAAAGAAAGCCAAAAGCCACUUGAAGUUAAAAAAAUGUUACCUGACCGUGUCUACACAGCCGGAUGGCAGCCCAGCGCCUGUGCAAUUGUCAGAAAGAACCAGAGCUGCAGCAGGACCCUGCAAGCACCUCCUGAGGCCAGAGAAAGACAUUUGGAAAAACAAGUACUGGAAGGUGAUGGGAAGGUGGCGUUUCCCCUGUUCGACAAGGAAAACUCGGGGAAGCGGGUAACAGGAGGAAUUCUGAAGGCUAAAGAGGAGAUUUUGGAAGGUGAGUUAGCAGUACAACGUCUGAAGCCAGUUCCUGUUCGUAACGAAGGCAUUUUCGUGGAAAAGACCGCAGGCCUGGACCUUGAGGGAAAGGACAAGAUGGCUGAAGACCCAGUGCCUCGCCUGCAAGAGCAGGAUGACACACAGGAGCCUGCUCAAGCCACCGGCCCCACCAAGCCCUUGGACAACACCAUGUACAGGAACCUUCAGCACCAUGACUACACCCCGUACACCUUCUUAGACCUCAACCUGGAUCUGUCCAAGUUUAGCAUGCGUCAGCCCUCUUCAGGACGGGAGUCACCUCACCACUGA